AUGUCAGAAAUCGAAGUCCCAAGCGAACAAAUUGUAUCCAAUAACAAAAACGAGGAACAGAUUAAAAAAGCUUUGCUCGACCCAACCAAAAAGAGAAAAGCUGAAGAUGAAAUCGAAAUCGACUUGGAGAGCUCUAUUCCUUUAUCCAAGAAACAAAAACGUCUCUUAAGAAGGGGAAAGAUUACCUUGGAAGAGUUGAACGCGAAGUACAACAUCGAUCCUAAGUCCGUUCAAGAAUAUAAAGAGGACGCUGAAAAGAAAAAAUCUGGUGAUGUUAAGAAAGAUGCCCAAGAUGGUGAAUCCAAAACAGAUGUUACAGUAGAAACCGCAUCCGAUGAUGCUGCAACGAAGAAAAAAAAAGAAGAAAGCAAAUAUGGUGUUUGGAUUGGUAAUUUAUCUUUCGACACUACAAAAGAUGAUUUAGUCAGAUUUUUCAUUUCCAAGACGAGAGACAAUGAAGACGAAAAAAGCAGAGUCAUUCAAGAAGAUAUAACUAGAUUGUCCAUGCCCCGUGUUGCUUCUAAGAACUCCAACUCUAUGCAAAACAAAGGGUUCUGCUACAUGUUCUUCAAGAAGGUGGAGCAAAUGAAAGCGGUCUUAGAAUUAUCUGAAUCUCAUUUGAAUGGGAGAAAUAUGCUAAUCAAGGACUCUGAGAACUUUUCGGGCAGACCGGAUAAGGAAGAUUUCGUCGCCAUGUCCAAAAACCCACCCUCAAGAAUUCUAUUCGUGGGUAAUUUGUCAUUUGAUGUCACCGAUGAUUUGCUAAGAAAACAUUUUCAACAUUGCGGUGAUAUUGUGAAGAUCCGUAUGGCAACAUUCGAGGAUAGUGGUAAAUGUAAAGGGUUCGCGUUUAUCGAUUUCAAGAAUGAAGAAGGCUCCACUAAUGCGUUGAAGGAUAAAAGCUGUAGAAAGAUCGCGGGAAGACCAUUAAGAAUGGAAUACGGUGAAGACAGAAGUAAGAGACAAGUGCGUAAGAAGGUUGAAAACGUCACUCAUGACAAACCCCGUUCGUUUGACAUCUCCAACAACAGAGAAUACGAUCGUCCAAGACAGGAUAGCGGUAAUAAACCCGAGUACAAAAGGUCUAACGCUAAUAGGCGUCCACCCGUGGAUUCCAAUAACCGUACUAAGAGUAGUGUGGCAUUGGCUACCGCUCAAAGAGGAUCUGCAGCUAUUGUACCAUCUCAAGGUAAGAAAAUGAAGUUUGACUAG